GGCGGUCCGUCUUGCAGGCCGCCGCGACAGCUCGCGGAGAGCCGUAUUUCUCUUCAUCCCGGCCUUCAUCCCGCCCCUGGGGCGGCCAUCACCGGCGGAAGUAUCCUAGGUGCGUGCAGUGCGCGAUACGACGACGCUUCGUGACCCAAGACAACGCAGAGCUCGGGGGGUUCCCGCCCCGGGAGAGUGGAUACACGGAGCCCAGAGUGCCCGCCCGGCAGCGGAGAAGCAGCGCGGCCAUCGGCCGGAUCGAAGCGCCGCGUGCGUGAGGGGCGCGAUGCCGGCGGUUGCGGCGGAGGCCUCGGUCUCUUCGGCCACGACGAGCUGAGUGAGGCGCGGAUGCGGACCGUGCAAUUCAAAGCCGGAGGGGGCCUUCCCGAGGCCGGCAGCUAGCUGAGCGAGGCGGCGCAGAAGCUGCAGGAAAGAGAAGAGCAAGCGAGAACGCUAGGCAAGACCUCGAGACCAUGUCCUCCCGCGACAUGUACGGCGGCUCGCAGAGGUCGCCCCGGGCGGCCCAAAGCUCGCGCGACGUGAUGCUGGGGCCGCCUAAGACGUCCUACGCGUCCAUCUCGCAGCCGCCGUCUGCCAGGGGAAGUCCCAUCGCGCGCAACCUCUCCUCGCCGUCGCAGGGCCGCCGCAUGCGGCCCGCCGGACCGUACGGCGUGAGCCGAUCGAGCAACAGCAGUCCGCUCACCAUGGCCACGCACGACUACUACGGAGACGAGCCGGACCUGCGCGUGUCGCACCGGAGCCGGUCGGCCACGCGAGCCGCGCCGCCGGCCAUGCGAUCGUCGUACCCGGGAGUCGUCGACCAGGACUUCAUGCCCAUCAGGGACCGGUCCCUGGAGCGCGGUGCCACGGACAUCGGGGGAGGAGGACGCCGCGGAGGGUACCGCGGCGAAGACAUGUACCGCGAGACGACCAUCGACGGUGACCCGUACCGGGACUACGGCGGUAGCAGUGGCCGCGGUGGCGGUGGGAGCUUCGUGGCCGAGCUGCAAAGCCGGCUUAACGAGCUCCAGAGUCAAUACGGGAGCGUCAAGCGGGAACUGGACGCGACCACGCAGAAGCUCGGCUCCAGCAUGCACAGCAUCAAGACCUUCUGGAGCCCCGAGCUCAAGAAGGAGCGCGCCUUGCGCAAGGAGGAGGCCGCCAAGUACGCCCUCAUCAACGACCAGUUGAAGAUCCUGCGAUCGGAGAACCAGAAGCAGGCAUCGCUGAUCCGCCAGCUGGAGGAAGAGCUGCGGAUGGCGCACAUGCGCAAUCCCGACGCCGAGCUACGUCAGCACCUGGACGCCCUCUACGCCGAGAAGGAGCACAUGGCCAAGGAGAUAUUCCUGCUCAGAGAGACCAUCAAGGAACUGGAGCUGAGGAUAGAGACGCAAAAGCAGACGCUCGCAUCGCGAGACGAGAGCAUCAAGAAGCUGAUGGAGAUGCUGCAGAGCAAGGGCGUCGGGGGCCAGAUGCUGGAUGAACAGCGUAUGGAGAUGGAGCGACUCAAGAGCCGCCUCAUCGAAUCCGAAGCCCGUGCGCGCCACCUGGAGACCAUGUUGGACACCAGAGACCGAGACAUUGGCAAGCAGUGUAUUCUGGAGCACGGAGCAGUUGAGAACAACAUCGUUGACGCUGCGCGCACGGCCGGAGAUGGCUGCGCUACCCCAGAACAAUGGCGCUCUUUAUCGGAGGAGCUAAGAACUACUUAUGGAAACCACAUUACCAUGAUGGAGGCCAUCUUGGACACCAAGGAAGCACGCAUCAGCAUCCUGGAAAGCGAGGUCGAUCUGCUCGAAAAAGAGCUUGAACAGAGGAACCGCCUGACUCGAGCCGAGCUCAACGCGCACACCCCGCAGCUGAUCACUGAUACGGACGAUGGAUCGCUGGACGAGCUCCGGAUUGAGCUGAACAAGCGAGACCAGGAGCUCCUGGCCAUGGGAGCCAAAAUGAAGACGCUGGAGGAGCAACACCACGACUACCAGCGACACAUCGCCGUGCUCAAGGAGUCCCUGUGCGCCAAGGAGGAGCACUACAACAUGCUACAGGCUGACGUGGAAGAACUGCGGCAGCGGCUGGAGGAGAAGAACAAGCUGAUAGAGAAGAAGACUCAGCAGGCGCUAACAGCUACGCAGGAGCGCAACCACCUAAGCCAAGAACUGCAGGAGCUUAGAGACCACAUGGAUAUCAAGGACCGAAAGAUAAACGUGCUUCAAAGAAAGAUCGAGAACCUGGAGGACCUGCUGAAGGAGAAGGACAACCAGGUGGAUAUGGCGCGUGCGCGGCUGUCGGCGAUCCAGGCGCACCACUCGACCUCGGAGGGCGCCCUGUCCAGCCUGGAGGAGGCCAUCGGUGACAAGGACAAGCAGAUCGUGCAGCUGCGUGAGCAGCGUGACCGCGCCGAGCAAGAACGCAACGAGGAGCGGGACCUGCACGAACGCCAGCUGGCCGAGUACCGCAUGAAGAUGCACGCGCUGGAGAGCGAGAUGGACAAGCUGCAGAGCCGUCUGGAGAAGGCCAAUGCCGAAAAGGAGCGUCUGGAGGCACGUCUCGAGAACUCCCAGUCCGAGUUAGGACAGGCGCGCGCCGAGCUGGACAAGAUCCAGGCCGAGGUGAGCCGCUCGUCCGCCGACUGGGAGCGACUUCGCGGUGAGCACGCGCGACUGUCGAUCGAGAAUGACCGCUUUCGCGAGCACGUGGGCCGCCUCGAGCAGCCCACGGUGACAUCAUUGUCGUACCGGAGCGCCACCAGCGUACUGCCGCUGCAACAGCAGCAGCACGCGUCCGACGAGCGCACCCAAGAAAAACUCGACCGCGUACAGGCCGAGCUGCGCCGGGCGCAAGCUGAACUGAGGAUGACGCAGGCUGAGCAGGAGCGGGCGCGGGGCGAGCAGGAGCAGUUGCAGGAGAAGCUGGAGCGCUCUCAAGGGGAACUGCAGAAGGCCCAGGAAGAAAGAGAAUUGUGCAGACUGGAACAAGACAAGCUCCGUGAAAAGCUUGACAGAGCACAAGCGGAAAGCUUCAAAGCUCAGACCCGCUUGGACCAAGGCCAGGCAGAGGCUGACCGCUUGGCCUUGGAAUUGGACAAGUGUACUGUCCUGCUGGCAAAGACCAAGGAAGAUCACAAACGUUCUCAAGAAGAGUUUGAAGGCUUGCAGGAUCUGUAUGUGAGAACAAACGCUCAGCUGGCCAAAACCAAGGAGGCCGAAGAGAAGACGCGACAGGACCUCGAUCGCUGUCAAGUUGAGCUGGAAGUUGCCCGCGAUCGUUUGGAUAAGGCACAGCUGGAGGCGCGCCGUCUUCAAGCCGAGCGCGAUCGGCUGCAAGCCGAGGUAGACCGCAUGUCUCUAGAUAUGGACCGCAUCCAAACGCAAGUGGGGAAGACGCAGACACACCACGAGAAGUCGCAGGAAGAACUGGCGAGAAUGCAAGUGGAGUUGGAAAAGUUGUACGAAAAACUGGAUAGGGCACAGACCGAGCUUCGCAAGACACAGAACGAGAAAGAUCGCCUUCAAUCAGAGAAAGAGAGCCAGCAGGCUGAACUGGAACGCUACCAGGCACAAAUGGCCAAGUACCACAAUGUUCAGGACAAGUCUCAAGCCGACUUCGAACGGCUGCGUAUCGACGUUGAAAAGAUGCGUGACAAGUACGAAAAGACGCUCGGUGAACUCAACAAGACAAGCGAGGAAUGUGCCAAGCUCAAGACCGAGCUGGACCGAACGCGGUCAGAAAAAGGCGUUACCCAAGAAGAACGACAGGCGCACGCCAAUGAAAUCGAACGGCUUUACAUCGAGGUUGAAAAGGCGAAGGACAAGUACGAAGGCGCCAAGCUCGAGGUCAAGAAACUUCAGGAUGUACGCACACAGCAACAAGCCGAAAACGAGCGGUUGCGCAGAGCACUGGAAGCCACACAGGCAGAACUCAAAAAGUCCACCGCGACAGCGGAUGAUCGGCAACGCCAGGAGAUUGAGAAGUUAACAGCCGAAUGUCAAAGGCUUCGCGAGAGGGCCGACCGUGCAAUCCAAGAGAGGGACUCCCUGCUUACUGAGCUGAACAAGGCUCAGGCGACCCUGAAUACGCUGCACGAGGCUAGCGAAGGAGACCGGCAGAAGAGCACAUCUGAAGUUGAGCGUCUCAGACACCUUUUGGGUCGCUCCGAGGAAGACCUCCAGAAGACAGUUGCCGAGAACAGCAGAUUACAGAUGGAAGUGGAACGGUUAAAACAGGACGUUGAGGACGCCGAGCGCUACAUCUCAAGCGUGCAAGAGAGCUCUCAAAAGGACCGAAACCAACAGGAAAGUCUUAAAGCGGAGACGAUACGACUUCAGGGCACCCUGGAGAAGGUACAGGAGGAACUUCGGAAGACUUCGCAGGAACGAAACAGACUCCAGAUUGAGGUGCAGGAGUUGGUUGGUGAACUGGAGCGACGAAGUGGUGCGGACAACGCUGCGCGGGCUCAGGAGGAUGCGAGGAUACGGGGCGAGAUCGAGAAACAGCAGCAAGAAGUGCAGCACCUGCACAAGGAACUCAAGAGGAGCACUCAGCAGAUGCAGAAGCUCGAGGCCGAGAACAAGGAGCUCAGAGCCAAACUGGAGAGGGCACUGGACUCCGCCGCUCACGCGCAAAAGCAGUCUGAAGAGACGCAGGCCGAGACUGUGAAACUUAGAGAGGCGAACCGAAUGCUGAAGCAGCAGCAACAGCAGCUGCAGCAACAGGCAGCCGGAGCCAUGAAGGAAGGCGAGCGGGAAAAGAUGCAAAGAGAGCUGGACAGGAUGCAAGUGGAAAUGGAGAGCCAGAGGGAGGAGGCAUCCAAGCUGAGAAAGCAGCUCGAGCAGGCAAGAGCGGAAAUCAAAAACUUUUCUGUAGAACGGGACCGCUUCCAGGAGCAGUUGGAGAAGCUGGUUCAGGAGAUCGAACGGAGGGAGACGGAGAUCCAGAAUCUCCGAGCCAAGGGGGCUCAGGCUCAGCCCAAGAUGGACGCCGAGGUAGAGGCCCUCAAGAAAAGGCUCGACGACCGCCAGAAGCAGCUGGAUGAGUUCGAAAAGAGGCUCAAGAAGAAGAAGGAAAAGCUCGAACAGGCAGAGGUCGCCAUGCAGAAGGCGGGAAGCACAGAGACAGAGCAAGAACUGGUCCGGCAGUUGGCCGAGUUGAAGAUGCGUUGCGCCGAGCUGGAAACGAGGCAGCCACCGCCUCCACCGACGGGAGGAGCGAACGAGGCUGAACUGGAGCGACUGCUCCAGAUCAUGUCUUCCCUCGAGGAAGAGAAGGUCAAUCUCAACGCACAGAUCAAGCAGCUGCAAGAGGCUCUGAAGGACCGUGAGAGCAAGCUGAACGCGAUCAAGCGCAGCCAGCAGACGGACAAGACGCGGAGCGCCCAGAUGAUGGACGAAGCUCGCCGACGAGAGGGAGACCUCGGUCGAGAAGCUUCCAAAGCUCAAGAGGAAGUUACCAGGCAGCGAGAACGCAUCGAGGCCCUAGAAGAGGCCCUUCGGGAGAGCGUUGAGAUAACAGCCGAGAGCGAGGCCGAAGUGGUGCGCCAAGAGUCUCUGCUGAGGGAAGCCCACGAGAAGGUAGCCAACUUGGAGGCCCAGCUCUGUCGUGCAAGGAGCAGCGAGUGCGUCCGCUGCGGCAGUUGCCCCGACCUCAGGUUUCAGAUGAAGGACGUCGGCUGGAAGGCUAUGUGGGCGGAGAGGAAGCGACAUCUGGACGAGCUAUAUGACAUGAAGUUGGAGGCGCUGUCGGCAGCCAUCAGCGAAAAGGAUGCGCAUCUGGCAAUACUGGAAGAGCAGCCUGCCCAGGACGAGAACACCAGGCGUCAGGCGGAGAGCUUGAGGGCUGAAAAGGAGCGGCUCGUCCAGAGGAUCAAAAUAGAGAACGAGAGCCGCGUAAAGAUGAUCGCUGAAGCAGACGACGCCCUCCAACGGGUCAACGGCACCGGAGACAGCGAAACGGUGAAUGAGCAGAUUGACAUGGCAAACAACCCGACGUGAUUCUUCCGGACAUCGCGCCAAAGCGGCUGCCUUUUAUUCCUGACGGCGAAUAAGGCUGGAGUCAACGAGAACCAAACAACUAUACUGCUAGCUGCCACAAUCCUCCAUAUAAUGCUUUCGCCUAUUCCACGAGACAACAGCCUCUAUUUUGUUUUAUCACUCAUGUUUGAUUUUUUUCGGUGCCAUAUUUACCUAUUGUUUGUUUUGUGCUGUAGCACUGUAUGAACGUACUAUUGAUUUUAUUUUGCUAAAACGCUCGUUCAUUUUUGUCACCGUGCCAAAAAGAGGACUGAAAAUCGUGACGAUUGUGAACUCGCUCACGCCGUGAUAACCAAGCAUUUUUAGUUAUUAUCCUUUUUACUUUUAAAACUUGUUUUUAUGAAGAGACACUUUCCGAAUGUUCAUUUUUUUUACCAGUGAAAGAAAUGCCCAUUCGCGAUUUCAUUCUGCCUCAUAAAUCCACUGCGCUGUUUUUUUACUGGGAAUCAAAAUGUCUACGAUUCUUAUUUUCACUUCUCAGGUUACUGUAAGUCCGCUCCCAUUUUUCUUCGUGUCCAAUGGAGAGUUGUAUGUAAAAUACGCUUCAGUACUUCAUUUUCUGCUUGAUGUCUUGCUCAUACGCCUUUCUCUAGUUUAACGCAAGCUGACGAACUGUCCGUUUCUUGUAUACGAGGAAAAAAGUUGGCGCUUUUAUUGUCUGUACAUAUUGUGUGUUUUUACGAUGACGUGUGCUUUCCUCUGCGCCUGUUUAUUGAGACGCAUUCUUCAUAUACACAUUGCUGUAUGUUGUGCGUAUUUUCGAAACGAGCCUUCGGUGUGUCAUUUCCCCCCACUUUUUUUGCUUGUGCUGUGUGUUUAUACGCGAGAAAGCAAUCCUUCUUUCAGUUUUGUCUCGUCGAAAAAGUUGAGGGCACCAUGUGUCCUUCUUAACCAGAAAAAUUCCCAAGGGUUAGGGCAGGCAGACAGCCGUGUUAAAGCGGUCAGCUAAUAACUGACCGCAUUAACCGGAAAGCAACUUCAUUUCACGGUGCAUUUGAGUUCGCUACGUUCGGGAUUCACCCGCAAAGGGCUGCUUGCGACUUGCAACGACUCGGUUAUGAUUUGGUUUUCGCCUUUUACAUCGUGCGGUGGCCGAUCGUACAUAAAGUGUAAGUUGUUGAGAAAUAUUCGAUUUUGAAACUAGGGUAGGAUGAUGAGGUCACCGGUCAGUGAUGAAUGGACAUUGGAAAUGGAAGCCCUUUGGGGCAGCGGAUCGGAAUGGCAUUGACACAUUCGGGUGCUUUAGACUAGAUUGAGAUGUAAACAUGUCCUGCGGAACUAAAGAGAAGAAAAAGAGAGAGUCGAAAGUGUUCAGAAAGGCAACUUGGAUUUACUGUGGGUGUUCAUUAAUGCAUGCGACGAAGCAACGGUGCAAAUGCUGCACGAAAGGUUAGGGCAGGAGUCGCUCUGUCCCGUGCGUCUCACAGAUUCGGCACGUCGCUCCUCUAUGUUCUUAAAUGUUUGCCGCCUCCGCACGAUUGCUUCGCCACGACAAAAAACACCUACAGUAGCUAACACUUGCACCUUUCUGCAUUUUAUUCACGUUUUGCCAGAAACAAGGGAAGAAAACGCGUCACGUCCUAUCGAUCAGCAAGGACACCCAUUUAAUUCAUUAUUUCCGGCUGAGUCACAAUCAUAAGAGCUGGCGUACCACUAGUGACUCUGAAGGUUUUCAGUGCAGAAGGAAGAUUAAACUAGGGCACAUAUCACUAGAAUCGAGACAAGGUUGUACUGUUAUCACACGUAGCUGUAAACACAUAGUAUUCUUGGCAUAAGAACACGAAUGAGCUUAAGCGUGUAGAGCACUUAACUGACAGGUUGUGUGUGGCUUAAUAAGCACAGUGCAUGCUACGGCUAUUCUCUAGUCUAAUAAAAAUGCAUCUCUGUGUGCUCGGUUGAUCGAACAGAACCAGAAGGGGUGUCUUGAGUUACACUUUUAUCUGUUAGCACCAUAAUCGCUGUCAUUCAUGAGGAGCACGCGUUAGGGGAAAAGGAUGGCACUGCUGAUUUCUUUAAUCUUCCGAUAUUCAAAUCAUUUUUCCCGGAGCAUUCAGCUCGGUUAGGCCCUGGAGAACCACGAAAGACUGACUUCAGGGAAUAUUUCCCACUAAUUACCUGGCUAAUACUCUAAGUGGCAUCACUGAGGUGGCAGCCUAUCAGGUGCAGUCCUUAGUUUACCUAGCGAAAAUAGGAGGAACGCGGGCAAUACUUCGUCGUCAUCAACACGGUUGUUGAAUAACAAUAUUAGACGUGUUCAUCAGUAGAAUCAAUUAGUUUUACACACCAGGAAAUUUGCUUCGCCGCAUUCAGGCAAUGACACUACUUAUUAUCAUAACCCCUUUCGUCAUUAAGCGUUCAUCCCAACGAAGGUAUCAGGCGGAAUCCGGAUCAGAAAGUGGGGCGAAAGAUAAUACUGGAGAGCUAAGCAAUUUAAGUUUGGUCUCUCUGAAGUACUCGGUGCUUAUUAACUUGAUGGACCUUGCCGCGCCCUCUAUAUGCAGUGCUGACAGUGACUUGUUUACCGCCCAGAGUGCAGAUAUUACAGAGUGCAGAUUUUUAACAGAACGCAAUCAGAUCUCGAAGUUUCCCGUAUCAGCCGGACAAGAUAGACAGCUCCAGAGAAAGGGAACGGCUUUCAUAGUAGAAGACCUCCUUUGGCAGGUCCGACGACCCGUAGCCUCUUCAGGCAGCAUGGUGCAGCUAGCUAUGCAAAAUCCUCGACGGCGCCUACGUCCCUGCCCACGCACCACGUGGUCUUCAGACAUUCUAUAGACACUCUAUAGACGCGCAAGUUAAACCUGACUCCCGGAAAGCUGUGACCACGUGUAUAGCUGACGCGACCAUGAUCACUGUCACCAUAGACACUUGGUUUAAGACUGAGUUGGCAACAACAUCGGUUCGGCAACUGGAGGAGCUCCUGUGGUGAUGUCGUAAUUAAACUGACGUUGUUGUUGCUGCGAGCUUGUCGGCAGGUUUCGCAAUAACGCGUCUCUGCGUGCAUACACAAGGAUGACUGAGAUUCAGCACGACAGAAGUUGGAGUCAGUUGGUAAGGCUACAUUGUAAGGCGUGCAAGAUCAGAUUCAUUGUCUUCUUAUAAUCUCUUGCGUCCGGGAUCACACGCGUUACCAGCUUUUAUGACGACAAGUGAGAAUUUACGCAUGUUCUAAUCACAGUCUAUGAACUUUUGCAGCCGUUACGAAGGACUGGCUGCGGGACUACCGGAACAAAAAAUGAAACCUGCCUGUCUGUCACAGAAAUCGUGUCGAGCAGGAAGUAUAUGCCCAGUUAUGCAUACACCUUGCAGCUUUCCAUGCGUCCAAGAUAUAGGCGGCCGGAAUGAGUUCCUCAAGCGUGGUUCUGGUAUGAUACAGAGACGGGGUUCUUUCUCUUGGAGGGGGACUAAACCAUACGGAGCGGCCCUUUUUUGUUCCGCUAAUCUGCAGUGCCUCUAACUUUCUUAUCUCUCAGACCAUUCAAAUCAUUCCCUCGCUUCUUGCGCUCCUUUCACUCCCUUAUCGGGCUCGUGCAGGGCAGUCACACGUGGAACACAUUGGUCAGAGAUUACUGUUCCCCCACUAUUUAACUUAUGUUUUUAUUUAUUAAAAAAAUUUCUUAGUGUCGUGCACAUGCUUCAGACAGUCGGAUUCACAGUUCUUGGUGUUUACAGUUUUUUUUUUAGUACCACGUUGGCUUGCAGCCCUCUCUUGCCAAGAUGUGUGGUGUGAUCCGGUAAUAUAGAUAAGCACGUCUUGAGAUGAUGGAGAAAAAAAAGACAACACUGUUGUUACAUUGUUCGUUCUCUAUUGUUUGUUGUCUUUUACACACUGUUACGCACGUACUGCCAUCAUUAUUUACACCUCUGUCCCCCCAGUGUCUGUAAAAUCCGCAACUAUAAGACUGUGUAACCUCAAAAUGGGAAAUGAAAUGAAACUCAGCCUCUCUCCUCGUUGCUGUGGUGUGUACUCUAUAAUUACUUAGGUAUAUAAAUAUAUAUAUAUAAUUAUGUAUAUGUAUACAUAAUGCUUAUAUGUACAUGUUGAUGUGUGCGCAUGUGUGUGCGUGUUUAUGUUUAUGCGUUUGCCUUCGCGAGAUAUAUACUAUAAAUAUGUGUGUAAAUACACCUUAUAAUAAUAUCCCCGUGGACUGCUGAACCAUACGGACGGGCCAGUGAACGAGAAGGAAUCAGCGCGGACGCUUGGGUUCCAAGCGUGCUCCAUGACUCGUCUCUCUAAACGUUAUAGUGUGUUAAGGGUUACGCCGAAAGCGAUCUUCAGCACUUCUAAAACUAUUCGAUUCACGAGAAUGCAGUGAGGACAAAAGAGUAAGGAAGCUUGUGGAAGCCCUGCGUGUCCCUGUUGAUGAUUCUGGGUCCCCAUUGGUGACUGCAGCCCUUUUGGUGGCUGCAUAUCACCAUUGGUGAGUGCGCCUCUUCAUUGGUGACUGUGCCUACUCUCUGGUGAAUGGGCUUGGAGUCGGCCUUAAUAGCUGUAUCGUGUUUGUCAUCAUUCAGCCCGUAAAUGUAUAUAUACCGAGACAUUACGUGUGCUGCUUUUCAAACGUUAUUCAUUUGAAGUAAAUAUUCCUGUGUUUCUUACGAUGCUUUCUUGAAUGUCUUCUUGCGUACCUGAUGGCCUUAUAUUUAAUUUGCACGAGAAAAAAAAAAACACCCUGUUCGCUUAGCUGUCAGACAGAGAAUAUGUCUGGAUACGUUUCUGUGAGUCGGAUAUGAGCACAGGUACUGCUUAAUAAACAAGGAAAGUAAAAGCGACUCAGGAAUUUGAAAUGUUGAUUGACAUGGUUUCUGGGACAGGGUGACUGAAAGGCUAUACAGCUCGCUGCAGAGGUUGUCAACGAACAUACCUUUGUUACAAGAUGCUUUCUCAUGGUUUCUUGCGUGCUCAAGACGCGCAGAGGUGUCGCAACACUGCCAACGCAUUUAGGCAAGGAAACAAACUAACAGACGUGCUUUAUCGCUGUCUUCUUUGUAAACGCGUCUGUAAACUUGGACGAGGAUGACCCCACCGUGGGUUUGGGUGAGAGCGACAAAAGGCUGCCACUAUAUAAUGAUAUGCUGAGAUGACGCCAUUCGUUUGCGUGUGAAUGCUGCGAGUGAUCGUAUAAGCUGGCUGAGUAGUACUCAGUGUGUAUACAUUAAACGAGAAGUGUCUUCUACAGGGCUCUGCUUCGAUGUACGUGUAUACACUGGUCAAAGCAAAGCAACGUUGUGUUAAGCGAAAGGAGAGCUUUGGUCACUGUUAGCACGGAGCUGAUUUGCGUGUCGUCAGGCAUAGUUUAAUGACGUCACCGUCUUUAAGAGGCAAGUGUGUGGGUCUUGGUGACGUAACUUCGUGGACCGCAAUUCAAGGUCAGUGCUGCACAGCAGCCGAAACCGUAGCACCCCGGAACUCACUGCGACGGUUAAUAGAGGGUUUCAACCUGGCGGACUCGCACCAACCUAAACUACCCGUGGUGGGAGCCAUGCGGGUGACACCUCACGGCACUGCGGUUAACCUUCACCGUUCUUGUCUAUGUUGAUGAGUUUCACGCUGGCGAAGAAAAAAAACUUAAUGGAGUCAAUCUCUUCAGCGAAAGUGGAACGUCACUUAAGUCAAGCAGAAUGUUAUUUUACAUGAUGUCAUCGUUAUAUCCAUUGAUGUCACUGCAAUGUGCAUUCCGGAAGGUGUAGGUUAAUAGACACUUUUCAGCAGUAUGAAAUUUUAUCAUAUCGAAGAAGCGAUGGUGCACAUUGUAAUAGUGAAGCACGCACAACUAGGCAUUUUUAAUGCAUCAUAAAAGCGCAUGUUGCCGUGGCAGAGCAAAAGAAAUGAACUCGGAGAAAUCAAAUGCAACGGUAGGAAACACGCACAAACUUCACUUGGAUCCAUUAAAAGUCUACCCCUUUCUUAACAUACCUUCACGACCAGUUGAGCAUUUUUAUUGGAACGUUUUGUAUUCCUAUCGCCGCUUCCUAGUGUUUUGUAUCACUUGUUAUUACAGAUGUAUGCUCGUGAUUAUUGUUAGUCUAAAUCUUAUAGUUGUCACGCAUUGGUGCUUCACUAAGCCUGUCUACAUGAAGGGUGGUCGCCUCAGAAACGUCGUCUAAACGGCAUGGACACAUUCAUCUCGAAUUCGCUUGCUCUUUUAUUUUUUCACUCUUAGUGAUGCACAUAUUGCGAUGUACCACAUGGUAGAACUGUAAAAGAAGUCUGGUCACAGUGUAACGUCGUAGAACUGCAAGGCAACUAUCAACUUCUAUUAAUAUGUUGUCUGCAGACUCCUCACAGCGGUGCCAUCUCAAAAAAUUCUGUUGAAGUGCUCCUUACUCGGCAGGGAUGUGUCUCCCUACAUUUUUUUUAUUUUAUCGAAACAAACAUAUUGUUCUUAAGUGACCUUCUGGAGAUAAUGCAAUAUGUAGAUUGGUUUUGCGGUGUCUCCUUCUCUCACACACACACACAAAACGGCAGGUUAGUGAUAGUGCUUAGGGCUCCAGAGUUUUGGUGUUGGCACAUCAUGGUUUAAUUGGGUACUUCGAGUUGUAAUAAUGAGAUCAUUGAGGAAAGGUGUAAAUCACGUACUUGUAACUUGUACACGUUUCCAAAAGGCGUUAGGUUGUAACUUGCCCCAAGUUUUUUUUUUUUUUUUUUCAGUGUAAGUGAUCUUAAACAAUCUUCUCAGAAGACUGGACAGAAUGGCUUUCAGAAACUGUCAAAGAUUUAUUUGCUCCUGUGGUCUAACACGGUUUUGCACGCAAGAAUCGAACCUGUGGUGAUGCAUAUUACAAAGAAGAGCCAACUGAAGGAAUGGAAAGUUUAGUUUUGACCUACAAUUACGAGGUAGUAAACAGAGCGUGGGUUAUCAUUGAGUGCGGAUGCCUUAUUGGAUGUAAUCAAUGUGCUCGCGCAAGGCCAGUGCAUUUACAUGGAGUACAACGACCGUGAGUUAACAGGUUGACCGUAUAGUACGACCAUUUAACUCAUGGCGAUGUGAGGUAUAGUACAAUGCUUCAGCUUUGAAGAUGACUUUCAAGGAAAAUGAAACCUACCAAUCACACUGGAGAUCGGAAGAAGUGACCAGGCACUUAAUAUAGCGACCACUACCUUUCCUUGAAAGCAACACCACUUCGAACACAUUUUGCAAAGCCACACCUAGGUGCCCAUCUCGUGCAGCGAUUUGUGUUCUUUUUAUUUCACCCAAUGUGUGCUACUGUAUGCUUGUGUUCGCUGGGAUGACAGCAGGCUAAGGAUGCUUCGGUAGGGAGGUCACAAUUUGUCUAGACUACCUCUUCGUUGAACUCAUUGCUAAGUCAUUCAAACGAUUGGUUGUGGGAUGUUUCGCGCUGUGGUUGUGAAAUUACACGUAAGAAUCACGAGCACAAUUAGCACGGAUAUGAUGUCCGCAAUUUGUAUUAUUUUUUCUUUCUUGUACUUUCCAUUAUUUUUACGUGAAACACAUUCACACGAGACCCUUUCUAUGAACUGUUUUACACAUUCAUAGUUGCAUAGGUUGCCGCACCUUCAAGUGAACAAAGCUUAGUGUUAAAUUUGGAAUACAUGCUAGCGUACCGAUGUGUCCCGAUCGCUCUGGUCUAAUAUUUCUUGUACAUAUGGCCACAGGUCUGUCUUGAAGUAAAGUGUAGGAACGCUUCACUUGCUUCCAAAUGGACAGAAUUUAGAGCGUUCUUUCUUGUUGUCAUGACUUUCUAUUUUGUGGGAGGGUGUCAUGGUCUAGAGUACCGGAAAUUGUGAGCCUCGGGUCGCCGAUGAACGUGUUGUGAUGCGUGAAAACAAUGUAAAAGAAUUUGAAGUGAGAAAAAGGAAGGAGCAAAUAGAUAGCGAACUAACGAUCUCUACGCAGUGUGAGUCUUCGAGCACAUACAGGUGUCGUUACACAGAAUGGGUGUGCCGACAGCAAUACACUUUUUUUCCAACUCCUUCGUGUUAUAGCACACCAUGGAAUAGCACUCCCGUGCUGCGGUUAUUGGACAUCGCUUCCACGACCGCUCAUUUCAUGUUCGCUUGAUGUGUACGCGUGUAUAUGCUUCUCCGCUGCAGAUGCGGCGAGAUUCGCGUGUGUUUUUUUUCUGUGUGUGAUUGACGCCUGAUGCUGAAUGUUUGUCUAACCUCUCGAUCUCCUCUUCUCUCGCUAUCGCUUUCUAUUUCACUCUGCAAACACUCUGUCGCGUACUGACUGUUCCGAGGAGAGUGAGUAUGCUAUGUCUGAGAGUGAAAAAAAAAAAGAGGGCAUUAAAAGCAAAUCGUUUCAUUGCCAUCACA